AUGAUAUUCAUGGCACGUCCUUCCAUCCAGGACAGUGUUUACGUGACCAACAAGUUACGCGACAAGAUGCUGAUGGUGCAUUGUCGAUCCAAAGACGACGAUCUCGGGGCCCACGGGUUGGCCGUGGGCGAGAGUUUCGAGUGGAGUUUCGACCCGAGUUGGCUCGGGGAGACACUUUUCUGGUGCAGCCUCGCGGUCGAAGAUAAGUGUCUUUCUUUCGUGGCGUAUUACGAGGGUGAUAUGUACACGGAAUACUGGUAUGUUCAUGACGAUGGGGUUUAUGGGCAGACCAGGCACGCAAAUGCCACGUUUUAUGAGGCUCCAUGGCGCCGAGUUUCACCACGCCAAUAUUGA